CAUUUAAUUGUUGGAUUGUCAGCGCCGCACUCCCGCCGGCGGCCGGCAGGGGGCGGAGUUCGAGCUUGGAUUUUUCCGACGGGCGUCCCCCGGGAGGCGGUCGUGGAGUGGGGGAGGGGAGGACGGGGCGCGCGGACGCUGUUCGGUCGGCUGCUGCGUUACUUUUGGUCCUAGCUCGGCUGGCAGGCCGCGGCUACCGCAUCAGAGCUGACGUGCGCAACGUGGGGUCGCCGCCGGCGCCGCUCCGGGUUGCUGGGCGGCGGCGCCGCUCCUGAGCAGCAGUCGGCUCGUCGUCCCCACCUCCUCGCGUCCGUAAGCAGUGACGAGCGCCGCUACGUAAAUCCCUUCGCGGCGGGAUAACGAAAGAAGAAAACGAGGAAGGAGCAAAGCAUUGAUUAUAAAUGUCUUAAUAAUGAACAAAUGUGGCAGGAAAAAAUAUAUUAGGACAAACGUAAGACAAAUGACCAUGGAAACAGUUGAAUCUCAGCAGGAUGGACGUAUAACAGAUUCCAUGGCAGAGAGCAGAUCUGCUCAUAUGCAGACCCAGACUGGUCAAAAUUCAAUCCCUACUUUAGCUCAGGUUUCUGUAGCUGGAUCAGGCACCGGAAGAGGCUCCCCAGAUGUAACUCUAGUACAGUUACCUUCAGGCCAAACUGUACAUGUCCAGGGAGUAAUUCAGACACCACAGCCAUCGGUUAUUCAGUCACCACAAAUACAAACUGUUCAGGUAGCAACAAUCGCAGAGACAGAUGAGUCUGCAGAAUCAGAAGGUGUAAUUGAUUCUCAUAAACGUAGAGAAAUCCUUUCACGAAGACCCUCUUAUCGAAAAAUACUGAAUGAACUUUCCUCUGAUGUGCAUGGUGUUCCCAAGAUUGAAGAAGAGAAAUCAGAGGAAGAAGGAACGCCACCUAACAUCGCUACCAUGGCAGUACCGACUAGCAUUUAUCAGACUAGCACGGGGCAAUACAUUGCUAUAGCCCAAGGUGGAGCAAUCCAGAUUUCUAACCCAGGAUCUGAUGGUGUUCAGGGCCUUCAGGCUCUAACAAUGACAAAUUCAGGAGCUCCUCCACCAGGUGCUACAAUUGUGCAGUACGCAGCACAGUCAGCUGAUGGCACACAGCAGUUCUUUGUCCCAGGCAGCCAGGUUGUUGUUCAAGCGGCCACUGGUGACAUGCCAACUUACCAGAUCCCAGCUCCUACAACUGCUUUGCCACAGGGAGUAGUGAUGGCUGCCUCGCCAGGAAGUUUGCACAGCCCCCAGCAACUCGCAGAAGAAGCCACACGCAAACGAGAGCUGAGGCUAAUGAAAAACAGGGAAGCUGCCCGGGAGUGUCGCAGGAAGAAGAAAGAAUAUGUCAAAUGUCUUGAAAAUCGUGUGGCUGUGCUUGAAAACCAAAACAAGACUCUCAUUGAGGAACUCAAGGCCCUCAAAGAUCUUUAUUGCCAUAAAGCAGAGUAACUGUCUUUGACUUGGACUUUGUUUACUGUGGAACUCUAAUCAAGGCAGGAGAUGCAGCAAUUCUACUAAUUGCCAUGUGGACGUAUGGAAGGGACAUUUGUGACCCUUCAGAAUCCAGUUUGGCUUAGUGUUUGAAAUUGAAUUGGAAGUGUUGUUCCAAGAUUUGGAAUGCAACCAUGAUCACGUAUACCAAGCUUACCUUAGUCUCUUUGUCCGUAGCAUGCAAAAUUGUUUUGUUUGCCCUUUUGCUUCUACUUUUUUUCAGGGAAGCUGCUAAAGAAUGUCGACGUCGAAAGAAAGAAUAUGUAAAAUGUCUGGAGAGUCGAGUUGCAGUGCUGGAAGUUCAGAACAAGAAGCUUAUAGAGGAACUUGAAACCUUGAAAGACAUUUGCUCUCCUAAAGCAGAUUAGUAGAAAUAUUUAACUAUGAACUGAUUACAACAUGUACAGUUGCUUUUGAAGGCAAUACAAUAUAUAGCCGGCAAGAAUUAUGGCUUUCUUCCUUUGUAUCAUUCAUCACAUUCUCUAAUCUCUAACAUUCCUACAAUGCUUCACUGUAUGUAGUUAACUCUUAGCUGUAACUUCAAUUUUUUAAGAGACAAACUGUAAAAAAAAAAAGUAACAAAUUUUUAAAAUGCAGUAUUUGUAAGACUUGUUCCAAUGCCACAUAUUUGCAGUCCCCAAUCUCUGUGUCCUAUGCAAUAAAAUUUUUUGCAGGUCUUUUAAAAAUCAUUUUAGGAAAGGAUGAUCAAAGAUAAUGCAUCCAGCAGUACAAUAAAAGUAAACCACAAAAAAUACCUCAGGAGAGAACUGAAAGAGAAAGAAUUGAAAGAAUCUAAUGAUAUGCCUAUAUGAAAAUAAUAGCCUAUAAAUGAAUUUAUGGCAUUUGCAGAUUUUUAUAUUAGUUGCUUUGUAAAGAAAAUAUUGUAUUGCUGUCCUUUAAUGCCAUAGUUGGAGAGCGUUUUUAAUAGAACCAUGUUGGUUACACAUGUAGUGUUUGGCGGUCAUUUAACUAUCUGAACAUUUCCUAAGUUUUUACUAUAUUGUGUAAUAUAAAAGAUCUUGCAGAAGCUCUUAGUGUUGGUUUGAUAUUACCUAAUGCAAGUUACAACUAGUUGUUAAUAUCUGAAAUGAGUUAACAGUUAAGAGUUAGAACUGUAUUUGCAUACCUUGAAGGGUACACAAGCUGAUUUCCGCACUGAAAUCAUGGUCUCAGCAAAUGCUCUUUCUGCCAUCUCCUCAGAAGGAUGGCCCCAGAGUUUUUACCCAGAAGAGCAGCUCUUAGAGGUUCACCUUGUGUGAUGGAGCAGGCCUUUCUGCACCUGGUCUCACAUGGUCUGCACAUGGUCUCGAAAUCUGCUGAGGGCCUUCAAUUUUGAGUUUUAGCUAACAACCAUAGGAGUUUUAAAGUAAAAACAAAAACAACCCAAGAUUUUAUUUCCCACUUCAAAACAGCUUGAAGUCUACAUUAGAUCAAACAUUUUUAUGUUGGCAUAUUCAGAGGAAAUUCAUUACAUUGAGGCAGCGGUGUUAUUACUGGUAUCCACAUUUCAUUCUAUGUUUACAAUAAAAAGUUUCAAGGUAUCAACCCAAAGCCCUAACCAUGUGAUCUAAGCCAUCUCUCACUCAUUUGUUGAAGGACUACUAUGUGCUAGACUCUGCUAUAUUUUCUACCAUAACUUCUGAUUUGUUAAGGAUGUCCCCACCCACCCGUAGUUUCAAUCGUGGAACUGGUCACUGCAUACAGAGAGGUAUAGAAACAGGAGGUCAUUUCUGUAGCCUCUAACUGCUGUUCCCGCCAUAUCAUCAUAAUUCUGUCGCUUACCUGUAACUCCCAGAAGGCAGGGCAUGCCAUUUGGGGCUUUCUUUAGAAAUAUUUAUUUUUCUUUCUUUUUUUUUUUAAUAUUUAUUUUUCCUUCGGAGUCUGAGCUCUGAAUUUCUAUUAUCUCAAUUUUUGUCUUCUACAGAGAAGUAAGAUGAGGAAAGAAGACAAGGAAGAAAAGAGGAAAGGAAAACUCCAAGUUUCGGGUGAAGGAAAAUGAUGCUUUGUUCUCAGUCAUUCAUUCAUUCACUAAAUCAAAUGUGUGCUCAGUAGUAGACACUGAGAAGGAGACACAAGAAUCAGCAGACAAGAUGUAAAAAGCUAGAGGUAGUCAAUGCUAUGUGUUAGAAUUAGAGAAAAAUGGAAGCAGGGAUUCCCUAAGAAACUAUUCUGUAGGAGGCAGAUUUUGAAUUGGGCCUUGAAGGAAGUGAUGUUGCUGGAGAAGGCAGGCCCUGCACACGAGGAAUCAGGAGCUUGAAUUUAGGAGCUGGAGAAGGUCAAGUUAGUACUCACACAAGAAUUAGUUCAGUUUAAAAAGAGUAUAUGCAUGCGUGUUUUGUAUACUCCACUUAAAAUAGGUCAUUAUUUCAUUGGAAGAGGAUUGCGACUGAUUACUUGGUGCCAGAAAUACCAGGUGUCCCUUCCUCUCUCCAGUGCUUUAAACAAUAAGGAAAUUUUUUUAACUCACAAAAUAAGUCCAGAGAUAGGAAAUCCAGGGUUGCUUAAUUUAGUGACAAUGGCAUCACAACCAGAUUCUUCCUUCUCAUCCUCCCUGUGUACGCUAGUUCCCCCCGAUCCUAAUAUUGCUGCCACAGUUGCAGGCACCCAAGAGGGGACAGGCGGCACUCUUUUCUUUUGUCCUGUUUUAAGAGGAAGGACAACUUGCACAGAGGACCUUCAGCAGCAGAUCCCCUCUGAGUCUCAAUAGCUAGAUUCUCACCACCAGCAGCCACUGGCAAGGAGAAUGGAAUUAAAAGCACUGAAUUACGGGUGAAGAUACAACCCCUGGGACUGGGAGGGUUUCCAGGCCUCUGUGAAGCAUAUGGGCAUCAAUAUUGAAUAAAACAGGUUCUGGGAGCUUGGUGUGUAGGCAGGUGACAAAAUGGCUGCCAUCCAGACGAUGUGAGCGCCUCACCUGCUCAGGAAGCUAGAAACAGCUCUGAGAGCUGGGGUUUCUGCUAAGCUCGCAAAGGUGCACAGGAACUCAAUUCUUGCUCAUCUGAUUUGUACCUGAAACCAAAGCUUUUGCUACUUAAAAUAGCAUGAUUUUGUAGCUCUCCAACCUGACUCCAACAGAUACUGUCUACAAACCCUUGCGAAACGCAGCAGCAGUAAGUUGCGUGAACAUCGUACCUCUUGUAGCAUCCAGAGCUGUCCCUGCAUUUGUGGUAUUGUUUUGUUUUGUUUUAGUCUUAAAAGUUUCAGAAUGUGGACUUUUGGGUAUAGAAAUGAACUGAUCCUGGGUCAUGGGGUUAUACCACCUUUUCACAUUAAACUAGGUAGUUCAUGAUGUUAAAUCAUUCGAAAUGGGAAAAUAAAGGAAAUGGACUCCUGCUAUGUAUUUAAA